AUGGUGUUCUCCGAAGUUGUGGGGACCUUGUCCUUCCUGCAGCCCCAAAACGACGAUGACAUCACGGACAGAAUGCACUACUACUACACCAGCACCUUCCUCCUGGUCACUGCCGUAGGUCCUUCAAAUAAUGUAUUACAACUUUUCUCUAAAACAUUAAGUUUUAGCAAAUUACAACAUAAAUAGUAUUUUUUAUAUAUCGCUCUAAAAAUGUCUGUUUAUAAACCUAAAGUACUGUCUAAACCAUCCAGCAGUUCAUAUUGUAGUAGACUAUAACCCUUUGAACUUAUUUUCCAUUUUAGUCUCAUAAAUUUGUAUAAAAAAGAUUAUUAAACUCAAUUUAUGAUGUUGUUGUAGGUACUGAUCAGCUUGAAGAUGUUUGGAGGCCGUCCUCUCGAGUGUUUCAUGCCAGCUGAGUUCAGAUCGUCUUGGGAAGAUUACACAGGUAAUAUACCCACAUCUACCGUUACCUACAUCAAUAUGAUCUUUCAGAAAUAUUCUGCUGGGCUUCCAAUACCUAUUGGGUCGAGAAGAAAGAACAGUUCCCAGAUACCACAGAGGAACGACAAGAACGUAUGAUAUCCUACUAUCAGGUAAAACUUCAAACAUUUUUCACAAAUUCUUGAAUUCUUUUGACUUUGAGACUUACAAUUACCCAAAAGUACCAUUCUAGUGGUCGCCCUUCUUCCUGGUCCUCUGUGCCUUUCUGUUCUACUUCCCCUGCUUGAUAUGGAGAAUAUUAUACACCAAGUCUGGAAUCAAACUCACCGAUCUGAUGUUGUUUGCCAAUGACAGAAGCAAUAUUCAGCCUCGUAAGGAUAUAAUCUUGCCAAAAUAUCGAGAUUUAUUUCGUAAAUUCAACAAAAUGUGUAGAAAACGAAAUGUCACAAAUUUAAAUAUUGAUUGUCACAAAAAGAAAUUGCCAAAAACAAAUUUUUGUGGAUUUCGGUAUAAUUUAUGGAUGUGUGGAACAAUACUGCUUAUAAAACGAUAGUAAACGUGAUAGAUCAACUAAUAAAUGAAUUAACAGGUACAUUAUUACCUAAUAUUACCUAAACUUUAAGAUCGUAGAGAAUCGAACCUUCGUGGUAUGUCGGUUCACUUGGGAUCUAUCUUCCAACAUCGCUACAAGUUUGGGACUGAACACGAUUACCACCACAAGUAUCUACGUCUACUUAACUUGAGGUAUUAUGAAGCAUAUCUGACCGUGUUAUAUCUUGGCAUCAAGAGUAUGUAUCUCGGGAAUGUGUUGUUUCAGGUAUGUUAUGUUAGAUUAUUUAUGUUUGAAAAUUUACUGACGAAUGAGUGAGUUUUAUAAGUGUAACAAAACUUAUUACAUUGAUGUAGAUGUACCUGAUGAACUGGUUCCUCCAAACUGACAACUACACCUUCUAUGGCUUCGGUGUGCUCUACGAUCUCUUCUACGGGAUUCGUAAGUUGUCGUAUCUUAAGUUGUCCUUGUUAUUAUAAAAUUUUAUCAAAGAAUAUUGUAGCAUGGAGUGAGUCCGGCAACUUUCCUCGAGUUACGUUCUGUGACAUGGACAUACGAAUACUGGGCAAUGUUCAGCGUCAUACUGUACAGUGUGUCUUGGUGAUCAAUAUCUUCAUCGAAAAAGUGAGUAAAUGUUAUGCUAUGAACACAUUCUAGAUAUUCAUCGUACUAUGGGUAUGGUACUGUUUUCUGGCAGUUACGACAUUGUUGGGGCUGGUCAAUUGGACUGUGUCUACACUACCUUUCGAAGAACGCAAGAAAUUCAUUGCCAGGAGGCUCGAGUUGGCUGAUAUCGAGUUUCAGGCCAAACCUGAUAACAGUCCGCGACUUCUGAAUGAGGUAUUUACAUUAUAUUUUUGGUUUUUACAUACACUAUUUUUUGAUACUGUAAUUACGGUGUCUUUUCAGUUUGUACGCGACUACAUCAAGAUAGACGGCGUGUUCGUACUCAAGAUGUUGACAGUCCAUGCUGGGAUGCUAAUGUGUGCCGAGCUUGUGGAUAUGAUGUGGGAAGACUUCAAGUCCAACAAGCAAGGCAAGGCUUCCGUAGUCAGUACGGACACGAUAAAGCGCAAGAUCAGUAUGUUACAACCAUUGGUAUCUCGAGAUGAACCCACCACCCCCACCACACCCAGUCUACCCAGUCCAACCGAAGGCAUUCUCAAGAUGCCCUCAGGGUCACAAUGACGGUACGACCGGCGGAUGAGAGACAAAGAGAACGACAGAGCGUCCAACCGCACUCCACGUCACGAGGUCCGACCUCAGAAGGUGGGGGUGCUCGGCGGACGAAGGAGAAAGACUGGCGGAGUCAGCUUUGCCAAACGACAGGAGACUCAGGGUCUAAAACAACAUGUCACACUUGAACUGGGAGACGAGUCCGACGAGUCCCAGGUCUCCUGA